CAGAAUACAAAGCCUUUGUUUUCUCUCUCUCUCUCUCUCUCUCUAGAGCUCCUUUAGUUUAUUUUUUCAUCUUGUGUGCUACUUAAUAAUGUCAGGAGGGAUGAAAAAUGUAGCGACACAACAAGGUGCACAACCUGCAGUGGCACCAACAUUGUUAAGAUCACCUCAAACUGUGCAGACAGUACAAACAAUGCCACUGCAACAACCAACACUGAUGAAUUCAACAGUGCAGCACCCGGUGCAGCAUCCAGUUCAGCUUCCGGUGCAGCAUCCGGUACAGCAUGGGGGACAGCACCCAGGGCAGCAUCCUCUGCCUGUUACUGCUCAACAGAAUACAAAUUCCCAUUUACUGAAUAAUAGACAUAAUGAACUGGUACCUGUUCAACAAAACAAUUCCUUACUGAGAGGUGACCGUCAUCUGUUCUCAUCGUCUGAUGAUAAUGUAAUGAUGAGACAAAUUCAGGGUACUCAUGCACCUGAUGGUCGUGAAGUUAAUGUCAAACCUUUACUUCAUAUAGUUGAAGACAUCCUUCAUCGUGCCACUCCUUCUCUUGAUGGUGUUCUUGCUCAUGAACACGAUACUACGCAAGCGCAUAUGGAUGCCCUGGAUGACAGGACUCACCAUGUGGAUUUUAUUGGCAUGCUUGAAGCAUUAUCCUAUACAAUUCAUAAGAUCUCAUGCGAGAUAUCCUGCAAAUGUUCGGGAGGAGGAGAUGCUCACACGACUACUCUUGCAUUGUUUAAUACGCUGUCGAGUUAUUCAUGGGAUGCAAAGGUAGUGAUUGCUCUAGCAGCAUUUGCUGUCAACUAUGGCGAGUUUUGGCUCGUUGCCCAGCUUUACACUACCAACAACCUCGCCAAGUCGGUUGCUCUCCUUAAACAGCUACCUGACAUAUUGGAGCACAGUGAGAUGUUUAGACCUCGAUUUGAAGCCCUCAAACAUUUGACCAAGGCUAUGCUGGAUGUGACAAACUGCAUUGUUGAGUUCAAGGACCUUCCAGCUCAGUACAUUACAGCCGACACACCAGCCAUGUCAAUGGCCCUAGCUCAUAUCCCGACUGCUGCCUAUUGGACAAUUAGAAGUGUCGUAGCAUGCUCAUCCCAAAUGAUUGGUCUCAUUGGCCUGGGUCACGAGUACAUAACAUCAACUACUGAAGCUUGGGAACUUUCAAGCUUGGCUCAUAAAGUUAACAACAUUCAUGGUCACCUCACCAAGCAACUGUCUGUAUGCCAUCAACACAUAGAUGGCAAAAGACACAUUGAAGCUUAUCAAAUGCUUGUACGCCUUUUUGAAACAAUCCAUAUUGACAACAUGAAGAUCCUAAGAGCAUUAAUUUAUGCACACGACGAUCAGCCACCAUUGGUUGAAGGUUCCACCAAGAAAAGGGUUCACCUUGAUGUGUUGAGAAGGAAAAACGUGUUGCUGCUGAUAACAGACCUCCAAAUAUCCCAAGAGGAGCUCUCAAUUCUGGAACAAAUGUACAGAGAAUCUAGGCACCAGCCAACUAGGACUGAGAGUCAAUAUGAGGUAGUGUGGCUUCCUAUCGUAGAUAGGACGUUGCCAUGGACUGAACCCAAGGAAAAGCAAUUUGAGAACUUGCAGAUGUUGAUGCCAUGGUAUACAGUUCACCAUCCUUCUUUGCUGGACCCAGCAGUCAUUAAGUAUAUCAAGGAAGUAUGGCGCUUCCAAAAGAAACCCAUCCUUGUGGUGUUGGACCCACAAGGAAGGGUUGUUAGCCCUAAUGCACUCCACAUGAUGUGGAUAUGGGGAAGCCUUGCUUUCCCUUUCACAAGCAUGAGGGAGGAAGCUUUAUGGAAGGAAGAAUCUUGGAGGCUUGAACUCUUAGUCGAUGGCAUUGAUCCCUUGAUUCUAAACUGGAUUAGUGAAGGGAGAUUCAUUUGCUUGUAUGGAGGUGAAGACAUAGAGUGGAUCAGAAAAUUCACUACCACAGCAAGAAAUGUGGCACAGGCAGCACGAAUUCCCUUAGAACUAGUGUAUGUGGGAAAGAGUAAUCCUAAAGAACGGGUGAGGAAGAACAUUGCCGCCAUAACCACGGAGAAACUUAGCCAUUGUUGGCAAGAUCUCACAUCAAUCUGGUUCUUCUGGGUCAGGCUAGAGAGUAUGUGGUACUCCAAGAUGCAACACGGCAGGACUGUGGAAAAUGACACGAUAAUGCAAGAGAUCAUGACAAUGUUGAGUUUUGAUGGAAGUGAUCAAGGGUGGGCUGUGAUCAGCAGGGGAUCGGGUCUUGACAUGGCGAAAGCUAAAGGAGAAACGAUUUUGACAGCCUUAACAGAGUAUGAUGCAUGGAAGGAACACGUUGAACCUAAAGGAUUCGUACCUGCACUUACUGAUCACUUGCAUCAGCUUCACACUCCACAUCACUGCAACCGCCUCAUACUGCCAGGGACCAGCGGAAGCAUCCCCGAAAUGCUGGUUUGUGCUGAAUGUGGUCGCCCCAUGGAGAAGUACAUCAUGUACCGUUGCUGCACCGAUUAAGCUCAAAGUAUGAAGGGAUUAUAAAUGUAUUGAUAUAUAAUAAAUAUAAUAAUAUUUUGUUAUUGUUUAUCGGGUUUGUCUAAGUAGGAAAACAAGGUUGUUGUUUUUUACUUCUUACCACUACUUAAAGUUAUUUUGCUAUGCUUCUGUUGUAGCUUCUUAUGAUGGCAAGGGGAUUCUUCUCUCCUUUGCUUGGAUUUAAUUUCGCAUGUGUUUGUAAUAAUCUCCUAAGAUAAUAUAUAAUGGCUACUUCUAAUUACU